GGCAGGCGACAGGGGGAGGGGGCCGGCCCAGGCAGCACCCCUUCCUCAAGGAGAUGGCCGCCCAUCCCGACGCCGAUAAUAGCUGGGUCCUGGCGGGCUCAGAGGGGUUGCCCGUGGAGACGCUCGGGCCGGGGGACGCCCCAGGGACCCCAUCCAAGCCGGGACAGGCCGGAACCGCGCCCACCUCCUCCGAGAUGGGAGACCCGGGCCCUCCCGCUGCCCCGGCCCCGCAGGCCGCCACGUCCAAGGAGGCCGAGAGUGGGGGCAUCGGCGGCGAGACCCCCGCCAUGGAAAGCCAGUGGCUGAAGGGAGAAGCCGAGGAGGAGGAGACGAAGGAGGAAGAAGAGGAAGACGAAGGACAGAGACUCCCUGAUGUUGGGAAAACUGGCCAGCCGAAGGAGGUCGAGUCGCCGCCGGGUCACUCGAGCAGCGAGGAGGACGUGGAAGGGCUGAGGAGACGCCCGGGCCGAGCGCCCGCCCCGUCGGUUCUCCCGACCCCCCAGGCCCGGGGCUCUCUGGAGGACUCCCCGGGGGAAGAGGCCGGAGGCUGGGGGCCGGGGGCCUGGCUGACCCCCGAGACCCUGGGGGUCGCGGCCCUGCUGGGCCUCGGCCUGCUGAUAUUUGCCGGAGGAUUGUCCGAAAACAGUGAUGGCGGCGAGGCCCCAGGCCUGGUGGAGAACCUGCCCCCGUGGAGCGACUCCGUGCCCGACGCCCAGCAGGCCGUGGAGGAUGCCAGGGCCCGCGUCCCCCCGGGCGAGCCCGAGGGGCUCCGGUCGUUGGACUCCCUGCUGGACCGCCUGGCCCGCGAGAGCCAGGACAUUCGGCUGAUGCAGGCCGAGCUACAGGCCCAAAAGGAGGAGCUGCGGGGGCUGAUGCUGAGGAAGACGGGCCCGGGGGAGGAGGCGGAGGUCCGCGGGCUGCGGGAGGCCCUGCGGGCGCUGGAGGCCGAGGUGCGGGCCCUGCGGAGACCCCCGGAGACCCCCGCCCCGCCGCCCCCGUGGGGCCCGGCCCGCCCGCCCGACGGCUGCUCCGGCGUCUCCGACUGCGCCCGGCGCGAAGGCCUGGAGCCCGUGAGGGCCGAGGCCUUCCGGGCCCUGCUGGCCGAACACCUGGGCGGGCUGGUCUGGGUGCGAGAGCCCGCCCGCCUGCUGGCCCGCCUGCUGCCCGGGCCCGACGCCGACGGCCCCUUCGGGCCCGACGGCCUCUUCCGCCACGACCGGCGCCGCUUCCGGGACUUCGUGGACGGGCUGGACGACGCCCUCGAGGACCUGGCCCGGGAGCGGACGGGCGACGAGGACGCCGCCGGGGACUUCGAGGCCUUCGUCUUCCGGCGCCUCCUGGGCCGGGCCCGGCCCCAGAAGAGGUGGGCAAAGAAGAAGGGCAAGAAGGAGAAAAAGGAUCGGUCCCCCUGGAAGGACAAGGAUGGUCGGUCCCCUCGGAAGAAUAAGGAUGACCGCUCCCCUUGGAAGGACGAGGAUGGUCAGGCCCGCUGGAAGACCAAGGAGGAUCGGUCCCCAUGGAAGAAUAAGGAAGACCGCUCCCCCCGGAAGGACGAGGGUGGUCAGGGCCGCUGGAAGGCCGAGGAGGAUCGGUCCCCUUGGAAGAACAAGGAUGACCGCUCCCCUUGGAAGGACAAGGAUGACCGCUCCCCUUGGAAGGACAAGGAUGACCGCUCCCCUUGGAAGGACAAGGAUGACCGCUCCCCCUCGAAGAACGGGAAUGAUCAGGACGAGGAACGUCGGGCCUCCUGGAAGGACAAGGAAGGUCGGUCCCCCUGGGAAGACAAGGAAGAUUGGGCCCCCUAGAAGGACUCCAACACUCAGUCUGGUCCUGGCCCCGGGGGCAGGGGGGCAGAAGCCGGGAAGAUGGGGAAGAGGGAGUCCUCUGGGCUUUGUACCUGUGGAAAUCGGGAUGGGGAAGCAGUCCUGGAUAUAAAGGUCCUUUAAGUUCCA